CGCUCCCGCCCUUUUCCGUCAUUCCAGCAGGAUGAGAGCGGCGGAGCUCCUGGUGCUGUGUCUGCCAGCGCUCCUGGUGCAGGGACAGUUCAGCAGGUUCGAGGGCAUCACCUACCCCGAGCCGGUCCAGUACUCCCAGUACGACCAGCAGGCAGAAAUUCAGGAUUACUACGACUACCACGAUGUCACCCCCCGAGCCCCGGAGGAGCAGUUCCGGUACCAAUCCCAGCAGCAAUCCCAGCAGGAAACUGUGCCAGCCCCGACCCCAGCUGCGGUGCCCGAGACGGAGCCCACGGAGCCGGGACCGCUCGACUGCCGGGAGGAGCAGUACCCCUGCACCCGGCUCUACUCCGUGCACAAGCCCUGCAAGCAGUGCCUGAACGAGAUCUGCUUCUACAGCCUCCGCCGGGUUUAUGUCAUCAACAAGGAGAUCUGCGUCCGCACCGUGUGCGCCCACGAGGAGCUGCUGCGAGCCGACCUGUGCCGGGACAAGUUCUCCAAGUGCGGGGUGAUGGCCACGAGCGGCCUGUGCCAGACCGUGGGCGCGUCCUGCGCCCGCAGCUGCGGCGGCUGCUGA